AUGGUGAGGCUCUGGGUGAUGGUGGUGGUCAGUGGCCUGGUGGCCUGGGCCAUGGCGGCCGAUGUCCGCAAGCCGACAAUUGCUGCACAUGCAGAUGGGACGUUCUCGAUCAAUGCCAGCAAUCAAGUGGCCAUCAAUGACGUCAAGGGCGCGCUCUCGGUGUAUGCGGCCGACCUAGACAACGAUGGUCAUGUCGACGUCCUCAGCGCCAGUGGUGUUGACGACAAGAUUGCAUGGUACCGAAACAAUGGCAAUGGCACCUUUUCUGCACAGAUUAACAUCAGCACAAACGCCGAUGAAGCGCGCGAGCUCCAAAGACGACAAGAUUGCGUGGUACCGCAACAAUGGCGCGGCACCUUCUCCACUCAAAUCAUCAUCACCACAAACGCCGAUGUGGCGCGAUCCGUGUACGCGGCUGAUCUAGAUAAUGACGGUGACAUCGACAUCUUGAGUGCCAGCCUGGGGGACGACAAGGUUGCAUGGUACCGCAACAAUGGCGAUGGCACCUUUUCUUCACAGAUUAUCAUCACCUCAGACGCCAAGGGCGCUUUCUCCGUGCAUGCGGCGGACCUUGACAACGACGGUCAUGUCGAUGUUCUCAGCGCCAGUGUCCACGACGACAAGAUUGCGUGGUAUCGCAACAAUGGCAACGGCGCGUUUUCUGCACAAAACAUCAUAAGUACGGAUGCGAAAGGUGCGCGCUCGGUGUUUGCGGCAGACCUGGACAACGAUGGUCAUCUGGACGUUCUCAGUGCCAGCGCAGAUGAUGACAAAAUUGCAUGGUACCGCAACCAGGGCAAUAGCACCUUUUCCACGCAGAUCAUCAUGACCACAGACGCCGACUGGGUGCAUUCGGUGUAUGCGGCGGACCUGGACAACGAUGGCGACCUCGACGUGCUUAGUGCCAGCUACCGCGACGACAAGAUUGCGUGGUAUUGCAACAACGGCGACGGGACUUUCUCUAUGCAGAUUGGCAUCACCACGGGAGCCAAUGGGGCCCACUCGGUAUAUGCAGCAGAUUUGGACAACGACGGCCAUAUGGACGUCCUCAGCGCCAGUGAAGCAGAUGAUAAGAUUGCAUGUACUCUCGAUGCAAACCGAGACAUCAUGAUACAGACGGAGUCGUUUUGGGUGUGGGUGAGCAGUGCCCUGGUGAUCUGGAUCGUGGCUGCCAGUGAGGAUGAGCCGACGAUUACCACUGAUGCAGAUGGCACGCUGUUCAUCAAUUCGACCAAUCACGUGGUUAUCAACGGUGUGGAUGUGUUGGCCGUGUUAACGUCGAUGGCCGUGGACUUGAACCCGCGGCGUGUGAUGGCACCAUUGGAGGCGCAUGUUCUCUCCACGAACGCCAAUGGCGCGAUGUCGGUGUAUGCGGUCGACCUAGACAAUGAUGGCGCCCUCGACGUCCUCAGCGUUAGCCGCCACAACGACAGAGUUGAAUGGCACCGCAACAAUGGCGAUGGCACCUUUUCUGCACAGAUUGACAUCAGCACGGAAGUGGAUGAAGCACGCUCGGUGUAUGCAGCGGACCUGGACAAGGACGGUUAUGCUGAUGUCCUGAGCGCCAGUUCCAACGACAAUAAGAUUGCGUGGUACCGCAACAAUGGCGACGGCACCUUUUCCACUCAAAUCAUCAUCACCACGAACGCCGAUGCUGUGCGUUCGGUGUACGCGGCCGAUCUAGAUGAUGACGGUGACAUCGACGUCUUGAGUGCCAGCCCCGAUGACAACAAGAUUGCGUGGUACCGUAACAAUGGUGUUGGCAACUUUUCCAACCAAAUCAUCAUCUCUGGAAGAGCUGAUGGUGCGCGCUCGGUGUACGCAGCGGACCUUGACAACGACGGCCACGUCGACGUCCUGAGCGCCAACUAUCGUGACAACGAGAUUACUUGGUACCGCAACGAUGGCAAUGGUACCUUUUCCACCCAAAGUAACAUCACCACAAAUGCCGUUGGUGCGACCUCGGUACAUGCGGCGGACCUCGACAAUGACGGCAACCUUGACGUACUCAGCGCCAGUUACGAUGACGACAAGAUUGCGUGGUACCGCAACAAUGGCAUUGGCACCUUUUCAUCUCAGAUUGUCAUUACCACAGAGGCUGCUGGAGCCUACUCGGUGUUUGCAGCGGACCUGGACAAGGACGGCGAUCUCGACGUCUUGAGCGCCAGCAGCAGUGACAACAAGAUUGCCUGGUAUUGCAACAAGGGUGACGGUACCUUUUCCACACAGAUUGUCAUCGCCACGGAUGAUGAUGGUGCGAUCGCGGUGCAUGCGGCAGACUUGGACAACGACGGCCAUAUUGACGUCCUCGGCGCCAGCCACUACGGCGACAAGAUUGUGUGGUACCGCAAUCAGAUGGGGCAAGCACUGCUAAACCUGUAG